GUCGGAAAGUAGCUGCGGUGUCCUGGCAAAAUAUCUGUCCAAAAACGUUCACAAAAAACUGUCCCGGAAAGUUAGGUGUAACUAAAAGGAAACCUGCGUACCAAUGUGAUGUCUGAGAGAUUUGGCAGUUGCUCAGGAGAGCAAGAACACCCACUGCAGCAUCAUAUAGCACAACACCAUGUAAGUUAGAGGCACUUCAUUGUGCAGAAGAAUUCUGGACUGAAGAGAUGAACUGAAUCAGUGUGACGAGGAAGAGCCGGCCAGUACUGUUGGAUGAGAACUGAUGGGCUGUCCAAGCUGGCAAUAGCAUGCCAACUAUUAAAGGUAAAGGUGGAUCAAUGUCCCAUCGCUACCGGCCUGCCUCAGAGUAUGAUGAUGCCACCCUCGCCCAAAAGAGAGAAUACUGGAGAACCAAGAAACGAGAGCAGAGGGCCCGACUGUCUGAGCGGAGAGGACAGCCAACCCAAGACAGUCCAGAAAAACUACCAUAUCUAAAUGCCUCUGCAGUGGUAAAUUCCACUUUAUCCAGUUCAUUUGAGGCUGCUUCUUCUCCUUUGCAGAGUAAUGAUGACUCAUACAAAACAGCCAAUGUCUGUCCUACAUCACAGAGUGGAAAUACUGUUGACAGCUCAGUCGAAGCCACAGAAAGCAAAAAGGAGAAGUGGCUCCAGACGAUGAAACCCAUCGAAGUCUUGCCUCAGUUGCCAGCAUCAUGUUCAAUGUUAGCCAAAGCUGUAGGUAGUGACACAGCCACAGUGAAAUGCCUAAAAGCAAGGGGUGCUGUAGGCAGAACUAUUUCCUCACCCACACCUAGUGGAACCCAGUUGAAUACCAGUUCCCCAGUGCCUCCAGUCAGAGUGACCAGAAUUACCAAUGGCAGCUCCACUAAAGCAACACCUCAGCCAUGUGUGUCUAUGCAGGGUGCAUCAGUCCCCAAAAUGCAACAUAAGGCACACAUUGCAUUGCGCAUUCAGCCCAAACAUCUACACACCAACGUGACCACAGGUGUGAUUCUUGUGUCUUCGCCAUGUGGCUCCAUGUCUAUUACAGAAGACAAAACAGCAAAUACAACACCUCACAUUGCAAUAAAGAGUGCCUUGGUCACCACACAGAGGGCUAAAGGUGUUGGCUACUCACAACCAUCACUGCAGUCUGAGGAGGAUAGAGCAGCCAGGCGCAGAGAGCACUGGAGGAUUAAAAAGCGAGAACAGCGUGCAAAGAUGGCAGCACAGCUGGCUAAAUCCAGAGAGAGAAUACAGAGCACAGAAGUGACAUUAGAGAGGCAAACAGCACAAAAAACUGGACUCUUAGACAAUGCUGGUCUUCCACAUCUACCAUCCCAGUCAUUGAGAGGAGCCGGCCAGAAACAGUGGCCAAAUCGGGUCAAGACUUCAAUUACAUCUGCCAGGAGGGAGAAUUAUAAACUGCAAAGCGGGGUAGCAAAUGUACCUACAGGUAACCAGCAAGCAGAUCAGAUAACAGUGCAAAAUCCACAUGGUUAUAAACCAACACAAACAGCAUUCAUAUCUGAUGUUAGCCCUGAGAAAAAGCCAGGAGAACCACUGAGAAAGUUCCCAAGUUAUGUACAUCUUUCUAAUGUUGCCCGAGGGAUCGCCAGAUGUAAAACACCUAGACAGAGGUUCAUUGAAGCCCAGAGGAAUUUUAUGAACCAAAGAGGCAUAAGAGGAAGAUCCCUGUCAUUUGCUUCACUGUUCAACACCAGAAACAUCCCCAAGAUUGACCCUAAUGACACACCUGAGCAGAUAAUAGCCAAACGUCGAGAGUACUGGCGGAUUAAAAAGCGUGAACAACGAGCUAAGCUGUCGAUGGAGGUGAAGGCUCGGUUAAAGGAGAAGGACUCCCUGAUGCGAAGAAUGAAACGUUACCAGAAGAUCCUAGAGGAGAUGAGGAGGGCCAGAGCGAUGGCACAGUCAGCAGGAAGCACCCUUACCCACGCCUCUGAGACCAUUGGAGGGUUCAUCAAAGAGGAUGGGACAGUGACCAUUAACAUCCCCCAGAUUUCCAUGGAUCACAAUACAGCAGGACACAACAGUGAAGAAGAGCUUCAUGUUGUUUCUAAUAAUACCCCCAUCACACAACCUCAACAUCAGCCUGGUACUAAACGAAGAGGCAUUGCACCCAUUCGUGUAAAGCAGUCUACACCUCCAAUCCGCCCACCUCAUGUGAAAGUCUGUUUUCCACUUUCCGGACAGUCGGUCAGCAACACUUCAAGACUACUCUCAAUCAGACCGAGGCCUCAACUCAAAAGCACAACUGCAACUGUUCCAAAGUCACACUCACAAACAGUCCAAACUGUCAAUCAGCUCAUGCUAACUCAUCCUCAAACCCCUCAAAAUACCGUUUCUGGAGGACCGGCAGCAGGGUCGAACCUUGGUGGCUGUGUCAUGAAAAUGGCCGUCUCAAACGUUGCACCGUCACUAUCGGUGCUUACUUUUGAUCCAGAGAUGACUGAAGAAGAGAGGAUGGCAAAGAAGCGGGAGUACUGGAGGGUGAAGAAGCGUGAGCAGCGAGCAGCUCGUGCGGCUCGACUGAAGCAGGGAGUCUUACAUGCGAGGGCCAAUGCAGCCUUGCAGAGGAGGAAGGCCCAGAGGCAUGUAGCAGUAACCGCUGUACCACUGAGCAGAAAUCCUACUAAACAACCAGGAAAUGCACAGCCUCUUUCCAACAACAGCAUGACUGUUACGCCCCAUGCAAAUGAGAUAAAACAAGAGAGUGAGUCUAUGCCAGCAGUUGACCUAAAUUCUCAACCAGAACAAGCCAUCUGUCCAGAUAUCAAACCCCCAGCCUCCCCGGCCUCCCCAGCCUCCCCACCACCGCCACCUCUAGCGCCUCAGCCAGAGCCUGACCCAGCUCUGAGUGCAGAAAGCCAAGCUACCACUCUGCUAGCUGUGGCCUCUAUGAAGAAACUCCUGGAGGAAUCACUUAGCACAGUGACGGAUUGUAAUAGUGAGGAGACUGACAUUAAAAUGGAGACAUCGGAAGAGGCCUCAGAGCAAGAGAUUAAGCCAAAUUUACCGCAACUCUUUUUUGAAAGGGACGAGGUGACUCCUAUUGCUGCCGACCUGACGUUGCAGAUAAAAAGUUGGCAGGCAGAUACUGACACCUUGGCAGAAGCAGGUUUCCCAAGCCCUCAUCGAAAGGACUCACCCCAAAUUAGCGAGACACUCCCACCUUUGUCUACCUCCGAUGAGGAAGUCAUGCAUCCCACCUGUGAGCAGUCAUCCCAAACCUCUUCGACCUUCAUCAUAAACCCUGCCACGGAAGCCUCUGAUGGUCCAUCUUCACCACGAAGAACCCAGAGGCUUCGUACCAAAAAAGCUGACCAUCAGAAAUGUUGCUCCCCAGAGCCACCAAAACUACAUCACAUACCCAUGGAUCAAACGCCUCCACAGCAACGACACUGCGAGCAAAGCCAAGACGACAGCUUAGCAUCAGCACAAAGGUAUCACGGCAUGCUAAUGGAGCAUAGCGGCCUGACCAGCCUGCAGAAGAAGAGGGAGUAUUGGAAGCUGAUGAAGAGGCAGCAAAGGGCUCGGUUAAGGGCCAGGCAGAAAGAUAGACCAGGAGAAUGCAACAGUCGGCUUCCCCAGAGAAACAUCCAGGCACCAGGUCUGGUUAUUAUCAACACUGUUAAGGGUGUAAAUCCUGCAGCAAAACCAGUCCUUCAGCCCAGGCCGUCCAUUGCUUCCCUGACUGCCGUGACCAGCAUUCCUACUGUCCUGGUGGUUAGCCCUACAACCUGUAAUGCUGAGCAGUCCCCUGACACACUUCAGGUGAAAUUGCCUGUCACCAGUGUUUCCUGUUCACCCAACAGUGAGAAAAACGACAUCAAUUUCGGGCCUUCACAGAUUGUGUCCGAUUGUGUAGGAGCUCCCGAGAAUCAGCCACAAACUGUACCAGCUUCACAAAAAUGGAUAUCUGCAAGCACAGAUGUAGACCCAGCCCCCUCUCUCCCUACCCUGAUGCCCCCAGACAACCCACUGUCCAGCAUCAACCUACAGCCAUUCGAACCCUCCAGUCAAACUCCAAAUUCUACCCUCAGUCCAAUAAAAAUCACUCAGAGCCCCAAACAUGUAAUACCACCUGUCAACAAGCUGGCACCAUUAAGCACCAUGGUUCCUCCGAAGCUCAUCCCAGGGGAGUCUGAGGAGGAUUUUCUGAGGAGGAAGCGGGAGUACUGGAGGAUAAAAAAGAAGGAGCAGAGAGCCAGGAAGGCCAUUCGGGAUAAAGGAAUCACCCCAAAGAGAACUUCCAACAACUGGAGGCCCAUCCUGCCCGCCCAGGAACUACAGACACAGGAUUCUGAACAGUGGGUGAACUCUGAGGAGUCAGAACAUCUAAUGAGCAGUCCAGUAGACACUGAGGCAACAUCCUUUUCAUACUCGGAUUACAUAUCACCAGUAGAAGAUGAGUCAGUACUGUUUGCUGACUACGAGAACAAUAACGAUGAGGAAGGUUCUGUUUCGGAGGCCGUGUGGAGGAACCGCUACCUCAUGGACUAUGAUCCGCUCAACCAGCUGCUGGUGUGCAUGGUGUGUGGGGAGCUGCAGUAUUCCCAUAGCCUGGAAGGGGUAAGGGCCCACAUCGACGAGGCCCACCCAGACACCCUGACACUGGAGUCCGGGGAGCGACAGAGAAUACUAGAGGCAUGGGACGAGCAGGUGUCCCAGCGGGAACGCUUCUUCACCAGCCAGCUCCAGCAGCAUGGCGGGGCCCUGGCAGAAGCACAUAGGAACUGAACAGCAGAGAUGAGGACUGCAGGAGAGUAAAGGCCACAGACCAGGAGAAAAGACCCUUACUUAAUUUGUCUUAUUUAUUUAUUGUAUGUUCUUUGUAAUCAAGUUGUUUAUGUUCAUAGAAAGUCACUUUGAAAGUGAAUGCUGCACAGGGAGCAUUCACCCCAAAAGCAGCUUUACCUCAUUUUCCUACCAGGGUUGUAAUUUGGGUUUAUGGAAGCCAGUAUGGACAUUUUUAUAUCGGAGGUGCCACAACUGAGAUUUUGUGACAAUAUUUUAAAUAUUUAAAGAAAUAAUCCAACGUUCUGAUAAAAACACUUGUUAUGCUAA